CUGAGAUCGUCGGGACGAUGUCUUCUUGCUAGCGGAAGCAACGCGCCAGGAUGCUCGGCCGUGUGCGCGCCGCUUUCAUCAGCCUGGUGAUUGCCACAUGUCUGUUGCAAAACACUCAGCAGCAAGGAAGCAGGCAGAGCAGAGAAGUGAUAUUGAACAUCAGUGACGAUCAGAAAACUCAGUAUUUAAAUCAAGACUUCUAUUCCAACGCGUACAAUUAUGGUUACCAAGUGAGUCCAAACGGACAAUUUCAUCAUGAGACACGUGGACCCGACGACAUCACGUACGGUUGCUAUGGAUAUAUCGAUCCAUAUGGAAAACUAAAAACAACGUUUUACGUUAGCGAUGGUUGGGGAUACCGGGUAGUUCAACCAGGCAAAGCAAUUGAACUAUUCUUACACGAACACGAGCACCACCACGAUGAAGACUCACAGCAACAUGAACAUGAUCAUCAUGAGCAUCACGGUGUGAUUACAGAGUGGAAGGAUCUAUAUUUUCCAGAAAUUUGUAGACAAUUCGAUGGAACGAGCACACAACCAAAUACAGUUUUCCCACCUGGACAACGUAUGUAUAAUGGAUCGUUACAGAAUAGAAAAUGA